AUGCAGAAGCCCUACAGCAACUCUGAAGAAGAUACAGGCGAAGACAGCUACAGCGACGAAGGCUCGUUCUGCUCAAACGAAAUGUCUGAUCUCAUAACAUCCAGCAGCAACGUACCUGAGCUGUUUACAGUGUGCAGCGGCCCCUGUGCGGGGGACUACGACCGAAUAGAGCUUCUUGCCCGCCAGGCCAAGACUUUGGACGUUGCAAACAUACAGGAAAAAGAAAAGGAGCUGCUUUUCUCAAAGAUCCUGGUCCGAUCCGAGGCCGAGAGCAUAGAGGCAGACCCGUGGAUUACUUCGUUUUUCUCUGUGCUGAGCUAUUCUGAGGCGACCUCUAUGCUGCACGCCAAAGUGAAUGCAGCAAUAAAAAAAAUGGAGCGGCCCGAGGAGCUCAGCAUUCUGGUGUCGACGCGCUUUGCAAACGUCCCCGAGGAGAUUGUGUAUGAGAUGUACGAGGCUCUUCCUGGGGCGCUUCCCAAACAGGCUGCGCCCAGGAUGCUUCUUCUUUCUCUGGAAAGGCCUGUUCUGCAAGAUGAGGAGAAGGAGAUCAAGCGGGUUUUCCCGGACUUUAAGUUUGCAACAAGCGCCAAGCUUUUCCCGGUGCACACCGAGGAGAUAUUCCUCAUGCUGAACGGGGCAAAGCCGGCCUUUUCGUGCACGGUUGCGGACGACUCCACCAUCAAGGGGUAUGUCCUGACUGAGGACAGCCUGGGCGCCUUUAUAGGCGCAAUGAAAAAAUACUACACAUAG